CCCGAGCACACCCCUGUGAGCAAUUUCAUCAACCAGUUUGUGUUCGCGCGAAUAGAGAGAUGGAGAACGAGGGAGAAUCGCAAAACAACGACACAAACAAGAAGAAUUCCGUCGUCAUACGAAUCCCUUCCUAUCAAGAAGUAGUCGAAAGUUCUCAAUCCAGAUCAACUCCACCGUCUCUCUUCGUUCCCUCUCAAACUUUUUCCCAAGCCUUCGCGUUCGUCAAAUCCUCAGAGUUCUACUCUCCACCUCCUUCACUCCCAAAGGAAACUGUUCAAUCGAAUGCUUCGUCUUCAACGCCGCCAACAUUAUCUGCAACUACUACUGCACCUGCAGCUUCAUCGAAAUUACCGAACUCUCAACCUACUCAAAAUCGCAAUGCGAUUCUUGUGAGCAACAGACAGAAGGGAAAUCCGUUGCUCAAAUAUAUUAGGAAUGUUAGAUGGACAUUUGCGGAUGUUGUUUGUGAUUUCUUGCUUAGCCAAACCUCAUGUGCUCUCUAUCUCAGUCUUCGGUAUCAUCUGCUUCACCCAGACUAUUUAUAUUACAGAAUACGGGAGUUGCAGAAAAAUUUCAAGCUUCGUGUAGUUUUAUGCCAUGUUGAUGUGGAGGAUGUAGUGAAGCCUCUACUUGAAGUUACAAAAACAUCUAUGCUUCAUGAUUGUACCCUCUUAUGUGGAUGGAGCCUGGAGGAAUGCGGCCGUUACUUAGAGACCAUAAAAGUCUACGAAAACAAACCUGCAGAUAUUAUUCAAGGCCAAUUGGAUUCAGACUAUUUAUCGCGGCUAACACAUUCUCUAACAACAGUUCGGCAUGUCAACAAGACUGAUGUAGUUACUCUUGGUACCAACUUUGGGUCUCUAUCUAACAUAAUGGGUGCAUCUAUGGAAGAUCUAGCUCGUUGUCCUGGCAUAGGAGAGCGCAAGGUCAAGCGCUUGUUUGACACUUUCCAUGAACCGUUCAAGCGUGUGGAAUCCAGCCGGCAAGCCAUUCCAGAGACUUCUGUCCUGAAUAAGCCAGCUAGUCCAAAUACAUCUUUAAGGAAUAAUGCUGAAUCUUCCUCUUCUCUUGAAGACAAACAGAACGAUGUAGACAAUGCAAGCAAACGUAGCAAGAAAGAACCUGAACUUACUGUCAAAUCUGCCCUUUCCGAAGCCUUUGCCAAAUUAUCUGAGAGAGCUGGAAAGAGGAACAUCACUUCAAAAUCGAAGGAGAAAGAAGAUCCAAUUGUUCUCAGUGAAUCAGAUGCUGAAACGUAAAAUUGAUGCUGGUAUUAUCAAUGGUUGUUAAAUAGUUAUUCCUGGAGCAAAAUAAUCUCGUGAGAUUUAGAGAGUUAAUCUCCAUGAAUUUAAGCCAAUGGUAUUCUGUGAGAAUUUUGAUAAGGGAAACGGCUGUACUAACUAACUGAAGAGGUAGUUAGUUGGUUGCAAUAUGAAAGCUGGACCUUUAAUUGACUAGGACAAGCUGUAACUUAACGGGAAUGAAGAGAAGGGGACUUACGGGGUAUGACACUUAGAAUAUAUUGAAGAUUGGAUUUAAUUUAUGGUUAUUGACAGGGAGAGCCUAUCAAAAUUCUUAGGUUGAGAGACAUUCUCAUCUUCUGUAUAUACUGUUUACCUCAUCUCCUUGAUUCUAAAAUCAUAUUGAUUCAGAAUUGGGGGGAAGAGCGUCAUCAAUGAUAGUUUCCAUUGUUGUAUAUCACAAAAACAUUCGGUUGUUUGAUUGUUUCCUUCUGUUUUAGACAAUUUUUUGAACCAGUAUCAAACUCCUCUUGCCCAACACCUGUAUAUAUCUAGGGUAAUUUUGGGUUGUGCAGGUUUAGAAAAGAACAUGUGCUUAAAUAGACAGUCAGACACAGAUUUCAGCAAGGGUUCUGGAAGUUAUAAUGUUACUACAGGUCAGCAUUAUUACUCCAUUAAAUUCCUCACAUCUAUCUGUAUGUAUGUUAUGUUAGUAUUUAUCGUCAGAGAAAAAUUAAGUAGCUUUCAAUAUAAUUUUCAUAUAUCACCUUAUGUUAGUGCCUAAAAUUUAGCACUUUGCCUUCAGCCAGAUGGAAAGAAACUGGGCUCAAUUGAUCACCUUCCUAACCUUUAAGUUGAAGCUUUAUGAUGUAGGCCGUUUUUCAUGGACCGAAAGUUAUCCAAUUUGAUUUGAAGUAUGUCAUUGAGUUUGGUUUCAGGCAUUGAUUUGCGUGAUUAAAAAUUUUGUCGGAAACGAAACUCUUAACGAUAGGGUAUUAAUUUCAUUAUAAUACAAAGAAGAAAUGUUCUCCUUAAUUUUAGAAAGUUCACAUUCCUCCUAAUUUUGUACCAUAUUUUAGCAAAUAUUUUAUUGUAUCAUAAUAACAAAACCAAUUUAAGAAAGAUGUUAAUAUUCCAUAUGGACAUCUAUUCUAUUCUAUGAAGGGAAUUCCAAACUAAGUU